AGGACCGGGGGGGAAACUCGGCCCCGUGAUGUGCGGGGGGAAACGGGACCGGGGUAGGAAACGGGUACCCCGGGGGUGGGAAACGGGGACCCCCGGGGUGGGAGCACCGUCCAUUCGGUGCGGGAAGCGCUGCCGCCCGGUGCCGGUGCGGGCUCCCCCCGGUGCCGGCGGGCGGGGCGGGGCCGCCGUGAUGCAAUUUCCGCGAAGUCCGGCCCCGGUUUAAAUGCGGGGAGGCCCCAGAAACGAAACCGGUGGCGGUGGCGAGUCCCCGCGUCCCCCCGCCCGGAGGCAGCGGCAGCAGCAGCGGCAGCAACAGCGGCUUUGUGAACUCGCACCAAUGGCUGGCAGGUACGUAGUGAGUUAGGACACAACCGCUCCAUGGCGCCUCCUGCCCCCAGCAUCACCAUCACUUCAUAGGAACUUCCCGCCGUUAAUUGUCUCUCGACUCGAGCUGCCGCUGAGGAUGCCGAUGGCCAACGGCCCGGCUGUGCCGCUGGGCAACCUCCAGCAGCAGCUGGAGCUGCUCCUGGUCUGCUCCAAGUGCAGUGUGAAGGAGAAUGAGACCAUCUACCACGUGCGUGAGGUGGAGCACCACUGCAUGCACGAGAUCCUGCUGGCACGUCGCCGCGGCCGCCGCGGCACAGCCUGGAAGAAGGUGUACCAGCGGCCUGGCUUCCCCACCCCGGCCCGCUACGCCGUCUGCAGGUACUAUAUGGUGGGGCUGGGCUGCCUCAAGCAUGGGAGCCAGUGCACGUUCGCCUGGAGCCCCGAGGAGGCCAUGGUCUGGAACUUCGAGAGGGAGCAGCAGCUGAAGCGGUGGCAGCUGAAGGCUGCAGUGCUGCAAGCACAGCUGGGGGGUUGCUCUGCCAGCCCCCUCCCCGCGUCCAGCGCCGCCAGGGAGAUUACCAGUGAGUUCGGAGGCUGUUUCCAGGAGAUCUGCAAGCCUUGCUUCUUUGGCUGCCCCCAGCGUGUGUCGGCGGGUGGGCAGGGCCAGCUGUGCGAGCGUCACCGCGGCUGGGACCCGCUGCUGGUGCACGUGGUGUCGGACAGCCGGCGCCAGCAGCAGUACACGGCCGUGCGGCCCUGCCCCAAGUUCAUGGCCACCCUCAGCUACUGCCGGUUCGUGUCCAGGGGCCAGCCCUGCCGGCACGGCCCCCUGCGCUGCCAGUUUGCCCACAGCGACCUGGAGAUGGCCGUCUGGGAAGCCGAGAGGGAGCAGGGCUUGGUUCGCUCCGACCUACUGCUGCCAGUCGCAGGAACCUGCAGCACCAGUGGCAAAGCAGCGGCGCCUGCACCCGUGCACUUCUACUGCCGGGUCUGCCUGGUGACAUUCAGCUCGCAGGAGAGCUUUGAGAGCCACUGCUCCUCCGUGGAGCACAGGCACAUGCUCUCGGCAGACACCUCUGUCCAGUGGGUCCAUCGUGCGCCGCCACUCGGGCUCACCAAGUUCUCCCUGUGCAGCAGAGCAGAGAUGUGCGAAAUGGGGAAAAGCUGCACCAAGGCUCACUCUGCCGAGGAGCUGCAGGAGUGGAUCCAGAGGAAGAAGGUUGCCGCGAAGAAAAGGAAGCAAGCCCUGAAGGAUGGGCUCUUGUCCUACCAGGACCGGCUCCUCGCUGAGUAUCAAACAUGCUCCAACGAGGUGUUCAUUAUGGCCGAGCACAUUGAGGGCAUCAGAGUCGUGUGUGAGCAGCCCCUGCACGUGCAGUCAGAGGACAGGAGGAUGAAAUACUGCUGGAAGUUCAAGGUCCACUCCCAGAUGCCUCUGCAGCACGUGGCGCUCCUGAAACAGGAACCUGGAGUCAAUUUCUACCUCUCUGGGAAUGGACUUUGCCGGGGCCUCCACUACCUUCGGGGGGAGCACGUGGCCACCCUGCCCUCCUCCCCACGCACGGCGCUGGUGGAUGUCUGCAUGGAGUGCUCCGUGCUGGGCGUCUUUGAGCAGUGGGUGGUGUUCGACUUUGGCAGCCGCCCUGUCCUCGUACAGAAGAUCAAGGUGAAGGUGGGACGGCGGGAGACCCCUCAGCACAUCCCCAGGGAGAACUUCCACCCCGUCAACUUCUUGCGAUGGGACAGAGGGAACCGGAUUAUCGUUCCCAGCGUGCCAAGGACCGGGGAAGAUGUGGAUCUGCUGGCCAAGUACAAACCUCCUGCUCUGGCGCUAGAUUACCAGCGUGAGGGUAGUGCGACCGUUCCCAUCACUCGUCUCAACUACCGUGAGAGGAUGCACAGCUUCCUCUUCCGUGAGGAAGAAGCCGAGCAGGCUCUGGUUGCCAAACUCAACCUGCGUGUUCUCAUCUCGCUGAGCCCCACGCUGCAGAGCCUCUCGGUGGGGAUGAAGUUCGCUGUCUCCGGUGAGCUGUUUGCUGAAGUGUGUACCCCUUACAACCUCUCACCGGACACCGACGAGGGCUAUCUGCUGAGCAGGUCUGCGCCCACAGCUUUCCUGGCACUUGACCCACCAGUUGACAAUCAGGUUUAUGAGGUUAUUGUGGAGCAUAAAGCCACCACGGAGAAGACCAUCUGGCUACAGAUACCAAAGAGAUGCUGCUCAGAGCUGAACUUCAAGCCAAACACCUCCCACAAGGUGGAGAUCCAGUUCCAAAUCGACCAGCUGCUGUUCCGACAGUGGCACCAGGCUGUGGACCGCCUGUUGGAUGAGAAGCUGGUCCUACCAGAUGUUGCCAGCUGCUCUGUCCCCUACUCCCUUGGGUCACCGCAGCGGGGGAACAGCAAGCAGAAACUGGCCAUCUCCUUCAUCACAGGCCAAGCCACCAGCAGCCGGCAGGUCCCACCGCUGCUCAUCUAUGGGCCUUUCGGCACAGGGAAGACGUUCACCUUGGCCAUGGCCACCAUCGAGAUCCUCAGGCAGCCCAACACGCGGGUGCUGAUCUGCACCCACACCAACAGUGCUGCUGACAUCUACAUCCGGGAGUAUUUCCAUAACUACGUGACCAGCGGGCACCCAUGGGCUGUUCCCUUGAGGAUCAUUUCCACUGACCGUCCCACCAACAUGACGGAUCCCACCACACAGAUGUACUGCUGCCUCUCACCGGACCAGCGCUCCUUCCGCCACCCCACGCAGGCGGAGAUCGACCGGCACCGCAUCAUUAUUACCACUUCCAUGUUAUCCAAGAACCUGAGGGUUCCCCCAGGCUUCUUCACCCACAUCAUGAUCGACGAGGCUGCUCAGAUGCUGGAAUGCGAAGCUUUGGUUCCGCUUGCCUACGCCACUUUUGAGACUCGGAUCGUCCUCGCUGGGGACCACAUGCAGAUAACCCCAAAGCUGUUCUGUGUCAGGGACGGACAGUCUGCUGAUUACACCCUCUUAAACCGACUCUUUCAGUUUUACCAGAAAGAGAAGCAUGAAGUGGCCAUGAAGAGCAGGAUCAUUUUCAAUGAGAAUUACCGUUCCACUGCAGGCAUCAUUGAGUUUGUCUCCAAACACUUCUACAUCGGCAAAGGCAAUGCUAUCCAAGCCAGUGGGAAAAUCCCGCCCCAUCCCGAAAUCUUCCCACUUGUCUUCUGCCACGUGUCUGGUGUGGCUGAACGGGAUUUGUCCAUGAUUUCUUGGCACAACACCUCUGAGAUAAUACAAGUGAUUGAGAAGGUGAAGGAGAUCUAUCAGAGGUGGCCAGACGAGUGGGGUGUCCGAGACCUGAAGAAGAUCUGUGUGGUGUCCCACGGGAUGCAGGUUUCUGCAACACGACAAGAGCUGAGGAAGAAGCAGCUACAAGACGUGGUGGUAGAAAACUAUGAAAACUUGCCAGGGAGGGAGUUCCGGGUGAUCAUCAUCAGCACAGUCCACACCAGCAAGAGCCUGAGUGUCUCGGCUUCCCACCACCUCGAGUUCUUCAAUGAAGCCAGAGUGCUCAACACCAUAAUGACCCGGGCCCAGUCACUGGUUGUCGCGGUGGGGGAUGCCGUGGCCUUGUGCUCUCAUGGCCAGUGCAGCAAGGUGUGGAAGCGCUUCAUCCAGUGGUGCAUCGAGAAGGGCAGCAUCUUCCCAGAGAACCUGACCAUGGCCCAGAUCAAACAGGCAGCGUGUGACAAGGAGAGCUGGAGCAGGAGGAGCCCAGAGGCGGACGAGGAGGAUAGCGACACGGAUUCCUGGAGCUCUGAGGAUGAGAGCAUGAAUCUUGAUGAUCCCAUCUUGCAGGAGCUCUUAGAUGAGAGCAAGAACAUGCUGGUGACAGUGUCUGAGGAAGGGCUGUUGAAAGUGAAGUCUGAGGCUUCAAGCCUGUGGGAGGACAGGCAGGAAUACGUCAGCUUUUCUUCUCAGGUGAUGCAGGAGUAUCUGCACAUGCACCCCAAAAUGUACAAGAGAUGCGAGCUGAUCAAAGAAUGGUUCGACAGAGCUUCUGCCUUCACCCUCAACAACUCACCUGCCAUGAGCAUUCAGAUCAAAGGCCGAGUUCACUGUGGGACGGCCUUCACGGGGGACGAGGUGCUGGUGGAAAUUCUGCAGGGCAGCACGGCUGACAGUGGCAGCCACCGCCCUCAGGGGAAGGUGGUGGGCAUCCUAAAGCGCGCUGACAGAGAGCGGACCUUCAUCUGCAUGAUGGACGAAUUCGAUCCCCGGGUGAUGAUACCCAUCGAUCGCACUGUCACCAAAAUAUUUGUCCCAGGGCUAAAAGAGAAACCCAAUGUCAUUCCCAUCCGCAGGCUUGUCAAUGGGAAGUACAGGGUGGUCAACUGCGAGAAGAUCAGCCAGGAGACCAGGAGAUGCCACCUCUUCUGUGUCCAGGUUAUCUCCUGGCGGGAAGGGUUUUACUACCCUUUGGGGAUAAUAACAGAGAUUCUGCAUGCAGCAUUGACUUUGGAAGAAGGCUUGAAGAUCCUCGACUUGGAGUAUGGUUUGAAGAAGACAUACCCAGCUACUGUCACCAAGGAGUCAGCCAAAUACACCUCCAGCAGCAAACUAAACCUCACCAAGGAAAACCUGAAGGACUGUCGGAGUUACACGACCUUCACUGUUGACCCCCAAGGUGCCAGGGAUUUGGACGAUGCUAUCAGCGUGAGGGAUCUGGGGUGUCACUAUGAGAUUGGGAUCCACAUUGCAGACGUGGCCAGCGUCAUUCCCGAAGGCAGCGCCUUGGACCUGGAAGCAAAGAAACGGGGUGUCACCUACUACGCUCCCACCCAAGAGCCUCUGUGCAUGUUCCCACCCCACAUUAGCCGAGAUGUCUGCAGCCUCCUGCCGCAGAAGGAACGUCGGGUGGUUUCCUUGUUUGUCACCGUAGAAAAGAAGACUGAUGAGAUAUUGAAGAGGGUCUUCACCAUCUCAGUGAUCAGCUCAGACAGGCAGCUGUCCUAUGAAGAGGCUGAGCUCUUCAUUAAGGACCACUACAGGGGGGCGGCGGGGGCCCUUCGUUUCAAUACCCUGGAGGACUGUAUAGCUGUGGCCUAUCACUUUUCCAGGAUCCACCGCAAGUUGCGGCUGCAGGAGGACUGUUUCUAUGACCAGUUGGAUGAGGGAAGCUCCCCUGGUAGCAGGGGAUCCCAUCAGAUGAUAGAAGAGUUAAUGAUCAUGUUCAACAGCUUCGUGGCUGAGUUUCUCACCAACCAGGAGGACACCAGAAAUGUCACUCCUCUCCGGUGCCAGUGCGAGCCAAACGCUCAGCAGUUGUCACUCAUGAAAAACAAGUACAGCCACAUCCUUCCUUUUUCCAUCCAUCUCUCACACCGUCUGGGAGAGGUGCCUCCUGGACAAGACUCCUCCAAAAAUGUGUUUAGUCUCAUGGCCCCCAUCUGGGAGCAUCUGCAGUUAGCUGCUAAAGUUCGAGACUUUCACAAGAUGCUCGACCUUAUUGUUACGGAUGACAUCCACCCAAAGCUGGCCCCUGUGGCCCUGGAAUUCAGGAGGCUGCUCAGCCGCUCCUAUUUCAGCCGCUCCAACUCUACCGUCCAGUCAAAAGCUGGUCAUUACUCCCUGCAUGUUGACUCCUACACCUGGGCUUCCUCUCCCAUCCGCCGGUAUAUGGAUGUCGUGGUCCAGCGUCACCUUCAUUCUGUGCUCCGCAAGAAGCCCGUCAUCUAUUCUGUGGAUGACAUUGAGUUUCUCUGUCAUGACUUCAACAGGAAGAAUUUCAAGGCAACAAUGUACGAGAAGAGGGCCCGCUGCCUGCAGAUGGCCACCCAGCUGAAGGACCAAGUCCUGCAGAAGAUCGCCUUCGUGGUAGACAUCGAAGAGAUGAACAAAUAUUUUAAAGCCCUGUUCCCACUGAACAAAGAUAGUCUUCCAGACCCCCAGAUAAUCAACUACAGGUCUCUUCAGCUGAUAGAGCAGCCCGUGUUCAUCCAGCAGCGGAGCAGCAUCAGGCUGAUGUGGAAGAGGAGGGUCUACUCUGCGGAGAUGAUGAAGGAGCACGGCCUGCGUGAAGGACCUCUCCGUGACCGCAGCGUCACCCUCUUUGACACACAGACUUGGCAAGACGUGUUGGCAGCCGUCAGGAAUGAGCAGUUUGAGACGGCGGCCUCCCUCCUGCAGAAGACCGAGAAGCUGUACCAGCGGCCCAUGGGCCGGGUGCAGAAGAGCCUGUGCUCACACUACAUGGAGAUCUCCCUGGAGCUGUGCGCUGGUGACACGCUGCAGUUCCAGCUCACCACCGACGUCUGCCGGGGCUUCCUGGUGCCCUUCGUCCAGCUCUGGUGCGUGACGCCGGGUUUCGACAUCUGCCUGCAGCACACGGAAAAGCCCAUUGACUGCUUCUCUGCAUAUGCCACCCUCCCGUCCAAGGACAAGUACAAGCACGCAGCAGAGUACAGCAAGGUGUGGAUGCCGAUGAGCGCCAUGGAGUCUGCGUCGUGUGCGGUGGCUGAAAAUGACUCAAUUGUUCUUCACGAUGUUAAAAUAACCUGGGCGAAGCAAAGGACAAGCAAAGGACAGCUGCAAGGGAACUUCCUCCUAAAGAAACACGUUUUGGAGGAGUGCUCCAUUGAAGUGGACUUCAACCACUGUUACUUGUGCAUUCGCUUGGGUGGGCUGAAGCUUGGGAGCCUUCAAAGUGAUGAGGAAUGCCUUAGCCACGGCCUCCAGAACCUGACUUUUAUUAACAAGGGUAGGUCAGAAAGCAAGCUCGCAGUUGAUCCAGAUACCUACACCUGGGUGGCUCACGGGAUCACUGAGGAGUUCAGCGAGAAUGAGAAGUCUGACAGGACUGAUCAACAGACUAUUAACUUCUACAUCCACUAUAUGUCCAUGGAGAACAUCCCUGUGGAAAUCUCCCAGGCCUCGGCCAGGUUUACGGUGGAGCUCAUUCCAAAGAUGCUGCCAGAUGUACGGAAAGAGAAGGCAAUUUGGAAGCUCAGGUAUGCCUCCGAGCUUGCUCAAAGCAUCGCCCUUGGCCAUGAACCACCUCAAAAAGUGACAACAUCCAGAAUCCUUCAGCAAAAAUCCUUUGAUCUGCCUGGCAGCCACAGGAAGCUCAACCAGAGUCAGAACCAGGCGAUUCUGACUGCUCUGAGAAAACCCUUCGCACUCAUCCAAGGCCCACCAGGCACGGGGAAAACUGUUGUUGGAACUCACAUUGUCUAUUGGUUCCAUAAGCUGAAUGAGGAGAGUGUCGAGAAGGAGCAACCACCACCCUUGCAAGAGGAAGAUUCCAGCAGUAGAAAAUGCAUCUUGUACUGUGGCCCAUCCAACAAGUCUGUUGAUGUUGUUGCUGAGAUGCUGCUGAAGAUGAAGAACCCGAAACCGCUGCGGGUUUACGGAGAGGCCAUUGAGUCGAUGGAAUACCCGUACCCGGGGAGCAACCGGCACCUCUCCCGCAAAGCCCUGCGGGAUGCAAAGCCAAAUCGUGAUCUCAGUGAAAUAAUCCUGCAUCAUCGCAUUCGACGGCCACCCAACCCUUUGUACCAGCAGAUCUGUAGCUUUGAUGCCCGGAUGAAGAAAGGAGAGCACAUAACAGAAAAAGAAACAAAGAAGUACAAAAAGCAGUUGGUAGAUGCUCGUACAUAUGAGCUUUUGCGCCAUGAUGUCAUCCUGUGCACGUGCUCAGCCGCGUCUGCCCCCUGCCUGGAGAAGCUCAAUGUCCAGCAGAUCAUCAUCGACGAGUGCGCCAUGUCUACCGAGCCCGAGACCCUCAUCCCCUUGGUCAGCCACCACCGCGCGGCCAAGGUUGUUUUGCUUGGGGAUCACAAACAGCUGCGGCCUGUGGUCAACAACGACUUCUGCAAGAGCCUUGGCAUGGAGAUUUCUCUCUUUGAGCGCUACCGCAAGCAGGCGUUCAUGCUGGACACGCAGUACCGCAUGCACAAAGGGAUUUGUGAGUUCCCAUCCAAGGAGUUUUAUGAAAUGCGGUUGAAAACAUGUCCCCAGCUGAUUCGUAAACCCAGCGUCUUCUGCCACAAGGAUAACGGCUGCUGCCCCAUCAUCUUCGGGCAUGUGGAGGGGAAGGAGCAGAGCCUCAUGAUUUCGACUGAGGAAGGAAAUGAGAACUCCAAAGCCAACCCAGAAGAAGUGGAGCAGGCGGUGAGGCUGGCAAAGCAGCUGACACUAGAUGGCACCAUCCGGCCGGAGAGCAUCGCCAUCCUGAGCCCCUACAACGCCCAGGUGUCUGAGAUCGGCAAGAGCCUCCUGAAGGCGGGGAUCCGCGGGGUGACCGUCUGCACCAUCAUGAAGAGUCAAGGAAGCGAGUGGAGAUAUGUGAUCCUGUCAACUGUACGCUCCUGCCCUCGGUCAGAGAUUGAUAGGAAGCCCACGAAGAGCUGGCAGAAGAAGUACCUGGGGUUUGUGACCGACCCAAACCAGGUCAAUGUGGGCAUCACGCGCGCUCGGGAAGGACUCUGCAUUAUAGGGAACCGGUACCUGCUGGAGUGCAACCCUUUGUGGAGGAGGUUGCUGCAGCAUUACCAGCAGCACAACUGCUACACGGCAGCCCCAGAGGUUUUUGUCAGGAAGACCCCAGCGCUCCGCUGACGGGGACGGCGUGUGCCUCGAGGAGCUCGUCCCUCUCUACCUGAACUGUGUGCCUUGGGAAGGACCAAUCUUUCCAUCAAUCCCUGACCCAUGGAGCCAAACGUGGUGGGGGAGCCGGGAUCUCCGACAGCUCUGCUCAGCACACGCUUGGGCAUUGUGGGGUUUUCAAUCCGUGCAACCUCGGAUGGGAACUUUCAGCUCUAGCAAACCAAAGAGCAUUGGGAAUGGAUGGAUGUGACGCUAUUGAUGAUGACAAUACUAUUUUUUUAACUGCAAGAUGCUCAGUGGAGCCGCCAUCCUACCUGCCAGGGGACCAAAUACUCAGUCCGUUCACCGUGGGUGGAACGACCUGCACGGCACGAGCUGCAGGGACCAAAGCUUCUGAGUGCUGCCACUCGUUUUAUAAACCAAGGCCAGGGAAUUUUUAAGGCUUCUCGUUUCUCAAAGCAGAAAAACAAAUGGUUUUGUUUCUUUUUGUUGUGUUUUUGGUAUAUUUUAAGUGGAGGAAGAAAGCAAUGAGAGAACCGUGUACCACUCUUUGUCUAACCAAAGCGCUGUUCUCUGUGUAAAUAUCACAAAGCCAAGGCCAAGCUGAUUUUGUAAUAGAUUUACAUAUUGUUUGUACAAAGGAGGUUGUUCUCACCAGUAUAAAGUUAAUGGAGACCAAGGACUGCUCCUGCCAGGAAGCACUAGAAUUUGUAAGCGCAUUUUAAACUGUUCUCAGUUUUAGUUGAAAUCUUGUCCUCUAAGAGCCUCCCUUUCCUACCCUGUAUUUUUUUAAAGCUGCUUCUAAUUUAUUAACUUUUAACUUUGUGACCCUGUUUCACAGUCUCAUGGCCUGAGUUUUCAAGAGCAGUGAUGGAACUCUGGUAGCUGCGCUACAGCAUAGAUGUGUAUAAUGUAUUUUUUCAAUUCGAAGUAGCCAAACUGCUGUGAACUGGAAGCGCUCUGCUGAAUCACCCAGCUGCUUUUUGAAGCAUGAUGUUUUUGAGGGAGGGGUGUCCUUUGUCUCAUUUCAGUUCUGAAUGUAUGAAGUGCCUGUUUUGGCUCUCCCAGGACCACACGCUUGGCUGUCUCCAUGUUUGCGUGUGAUGGAGCCAGGCUGCGGUCGCCGUGGGUUUGCACCAUGUCUGUACUGUGCUGGGACACAAACCCUGCUCGGCGUGAGCAGGAGGACCCGGGACCUCACCGUGCUGUGGCAGGGAGGAAUUUUGUCCCAUGUUUGCAGCUGAAACUGCAGCCUGGCUCUUCCCAGCGUGAAGGAAAGUGCAAUAAGAAAGCGUCGUGUCUGGAAAAGUCCUUAUUUAGCGCUGUGUUUCUUCUCAUGACCCUGUGUUAGACUGGACUCAAGAACCUGUGGGGAAAUUUCGUUGUUCUCUUUUUUUUAUUUUAAACUACCUUCCUGCAUUUCUGCAUUCGGUGGGUUUGAGCUGUGUGCUAGAGACCCCCCAGGCUUACUCUUGUCUUACUGAAGCAUAAUAAUCAUAAUCAUAGAACAGUUUGGGUUGGAAGGGACCGUUACAGCUCAUCUCCUCCACCCCCCUGCAGUGGGCAGGGACAUCUUCAACAUAUGGCUGGCGAUUCCAUGAGGGACAGAAGUCCGUGGGAAAUGCCUCCUCUUGGGGCUAAAGACACCUGAUGAAAGCUGGUGAGAUGUAAAGUUCAUUGUUUCUCUUUGAAGUUGUCCUGUCUGGGAUCUUAAAAGAUUCUGCACCAGCCUGGUUUCGCAAAUAUUAGUGCAAUUCCAAAGUAAGUUUGUAUGGGAAUCAUUUUUGUGGACUACUGAAAUGCAAUUGUGUGUCUCCAAGGUGAUGUGGAGAAUCACCAAAGGUGCUGGAAUUGCUGGGAGAAACACUUGAGCCUGGCACCAGCAUCGUUCUCACCAGGUCACCUUGCUCCCUUCAGAACCAGUGGGUCUCAUUUUCAGGAUCUAGUGUAAGUCAAGAGUCUCUCCCCUGUUGUUUUUUGCUGGUUAUUUCAUUACCUGGGACACAAAUGACGAGCCUCCCCCAAGUGUGGUGUCUUAGUCCAAGGCUCUUGUGUGGCAUUUGACCAUGUGUUUGUAUGGACCAAGAAAGGGACCUCACAAAGCUUCUCUUUGCUCUCAGUGGGGAAAAAAUAUUUACUGCUGCCCCUUGGAGGGUAAAGCCUGGACUGAGACACUUUGCUUCCUCACCUCUGUGUUGCAAGACAAUAGGUGUAUUUUUUUUGACUCUGAAGAUGCAUUUUGUAAGCAGUGUUUAGUAAACGCUGCCCUGGACCACCCGAGCAGCUCGGGUGGUGAGCAGGUACCUGCCGAGCUGCCCGUGCAGCUGCCGGAGUCAGGGGUGGCAGAAAGUGCAAUUAGUCAAACUGUACAGACUGUUAGUGACAGCAGAGUCUCGUGUGCUUGUCCUGAUGCUCAUGGAUAAUCACAGAAAUUAAUAGAGGAAAAAGGUUCUAAGUAGUCUGAUUUCAUUUGCACAAAGAGCUUUGAAUUUACUUUUGAAAGGAUUUUAUUUUCAAGCACAUAUUCUUAAAAUACUUAUAAAAACCAAACCUUUGGUAAUUCCAGUAGGAAGCCACUGGCAGCACAAGGUGUCUGUCCGAUCCCAGGCUCUAUGUUUUCUGCAGCUCAAAGAACAUGUUGCAGAACGUGAAUGUUGGUUCAUCCAACAGGGUAAUUUAAUUUCCUCGACAUCAGCAAGAGCUGGAGACCAAGUGGAACAACAGGAACCUGCACACGUGAAAUUACAGCCAUCCAGAACUAGGACACCUCUACAGGCUGGCAGAGGAGGAGCCCAUGGGACUGUUUGUUUGGACAGAUCUGUGUAGGACAAUCAAUUUACUGCAAUAAAUUGUUUGGGUUUGUUUUUUUUAAAUGGAAAUGAAAUAAGUGUAAUGAAGUGUAAAUUAAGGAACUUCAAAUGUGGCAGGUUUUUAUCUUUUGUAUGUCUGUGACUUGCAGCAAACCUCAGAUGUUGUUUUGGAUACAAAUAUUUUUACCUACUUCUAUGGUUUUUAAGAACGAACCUCAACAUUCCUGUUUUGAUAUUUAAGCCAUAAUUGUGAAAAUUAUUUGAAUUUAUUUAAAUAAUACAUUUUAUUAAUAAAAGGUCUGUUUAUGUGAUGGUUUGCCUAGGGUCUGUGUGGGGCCACCUGUAUUUGCAACAAAUGUAGAAAAGAAAAUGAGCAUUAACUGUGGUGCAUGGCAAGAAAGAUUGUUUUCUACACGCUGGUUGUGUGCAUGUAUUGCCCUUCCCGGUUUGUUGGGAGGGUUUUCUUGGUUUUGUUGUUGUUUUGGUGGUAUUUUUUUAAUUGGAAUGAUCUUUUCACACGCAGUAGAGGGGCGAGCAUGCAGUCAUGCUUAGGUAACCAAAAGGUACAGGGUGUAGAGGGUGAAAGGAACCAGAGAUGGAGUUAAGGUGGGGUGAGUAAAGAGCUGAAGAUUCAGGUGUUUUAGAGGUAGGAUGUGGGGAAAAAAAUAACAGGGUAGAAAAAAACAUCAUUGCAAGAAGCUGGGACUGGGCACCCUUGGGUGGCUGGAGAGCACCGGGUGCUGGGUGGAUGCUGGAGAUGCUUUUAUCUCCCAUGCUUUCACCCAAGCGUGCUGUGACACCUCCUGCUUCUGGCGCGUCCACCCGCGAGUCCGGGCACUGGGACCUGGGCGUUGAGUCCCAAACGCUGCCUGAGGAUGUUAUUUGAUGUGAGAAAUUUGGAAUGGGUUACUGCUCACCUGGAAAGAUUUGGGAAAGGUGCUUGUGAAAUGGUUGAAAACAGAACGAGUUCAGUCUUGUGUAAAUGUUUAAAAAUAAGGUUUUCCUUUAAUUUUUCUCAUUCAUCUUUUUUAAAUGGAUAAAAUGAGAAAAACGUU